AUGCUUUUCUACCUAAUUGGGACAAUUGUUAUUGCGGCUGUUUUUGCCUGGUUGACAGGCAUUCUUGGCUUGAACUCUCACUCACAUGCCAAGACGCCGAUGAAGACUGCGAUAACGGAGAAGAAGGUGUCAACAGAGCGAAAAGAAGUCUGCGUUUUAUUCGGGAGUCAAACGGGGACGGCGGAAAUGUUUGCAAAGACGCUUGUGCGGGAGGGGACACGACUGGGGGUUCCUAUAAGAAUUUGUGAUACGGAGAACUACGAGGGGCACGACCUUGAAUACGAGCAUCUUGUGAUCAUUAUCUGCUCCACCUACGGCGAGGGAGAACCCACGGACUCGAUGAAGGCAUUCCACGACUGGUUGAUGGAUGACAGCCGCACCCCCGAUGAGGAGCUGCGAAAUGUCAAGUACGCCGUAUUCGGCUUGGGCGAUCGCCAAUACCGUUACUUCUGUGAGGAGGGCAUUGUGGUGGAUCGUCGCAUGGCGGAGUUGGGGGCGCAGCGUAUAUAUGGCCUGGGCUGUGGCAACGCGGGGGAAAAUAUUGAGGAAGACUUUGAUGAGUGGCAUCGUGACUUGUGGCCGGCGGUGAGUCGCGUGCUCGGCAUUGAGUUGCGUCAACACGCGGAGGAGCCGAUGGAGCCGGCGUGCCGCAUGAAAGUGUGGGAGCCAUCCGAGGAGGCGUCCCUCCCGUUCCCAAAACUUGCUUCCGUAUUGGAGCCAACCCAACGCCUUCCGGCGUGGGCGCCGUUGACCGCGAAUAAAGAGCUUCUGCGUAACACCACCGAGCGCAGCACACGAUUUAUUGAGUUGAGCAUUGAGGACACCAUCAUCUCGUAUCAAAGUGGCGACCAUCUUGGCAUUCUUCCACACAACACCGAUGCGAUGGUGAAUGCCUACCUGCAGAUACUAGGUGUCAGUGAGGAGGAGGCGAUGCAGGUGUUCUCCUUGCAGGAGAAGAAAACUGGCAAAAAUGUAUUUGCAGCCCGUGUCACGGUUCGAACUGCACUCAAGUGGUACAUUGACCUCGCCGGACCGCCAAGGAAGUCCACAUUGCGUGCCUUCGCCCACUACGCGAAGGAUCCGGCAGAAAAGGAGGAAUUGUUGAAAUUGUUGCGCGUGGAGCCGGAGUCUGCGAAGGAGUACGCCAAACUUUCAGCCAAGUUACGGACCGUUCAUGGGUUCCUGCGAAAGUACCAUACGAUUUCGGUCCCACUUGAGUUUUUCCUUGAGAUGAUGCCACGUAUUGCUCCUCGCUACUUUUCGAUUUCCUCCGAUCUCCUCUCCCAUCCCGGCAGACUUUCCAUCACGGCGGCGAUUUUAGAGGGAGGGCUUUGUACAGGAAUGCUGCGGGAACUGCAAAUUGGAGAGAAAAUUCCCGUGUUUGUGCGCAAAUCAAAAUUCCACCUCCCGUUACGAGAGAAGGAACGGCCAAUUGUGAUGAUUGGGCCCGGAACAGGCGUGGCGCCCCUUAUAGGUUUUCUCCAUCGCCGCAACGCAUGGAAGAAGAGGGGCAAUAAACUUGGCAAAGCAAUUCUCUUCUUUGGAUGUAGGCGGAAAGAGGAGGAUCACAUUUACAGCGAUUUUAUGACGGAGUGUUUGGAAAACGGAACGCUGUCAGCGUUGGAUGUCUGCUACAGUCGGGAGCAGGCGACAAAGGUCUACGUGCAGCACCGUGUGUUGGCUCGUGCAGAUGAAGUUUGGGACAUUUUACGCGAAGGAGGGAAUAUUUACCUCUGCGGUGAUGCAAAGUACAUGGCAAAAGACGUAGAAAGAGCGCUGUUGGAAAUCUUGCAGGAGAAGGCGCUCAUGAGUGAAGAAGAUGCUCAGGCAUACCUCGCGAAGCUUAAUAAUAUUGGGCGAUAUUUAAAAGAUGUUUGGUCUGCAUCCUAG